CUUAGAGAAGAUAUGAAUUCCACUACUUGAAGGGUGGAUGUAAAUUCUCAGCUUAUCCUAUCCCAUUCAACUUAACAAAUUCUAAAUUCUCAAAAUUUAAAAUUCUUCAUUACAAACAUAAUGGCUGCAGAAACUAUCAUGGGUUUUACCAUUAAUAAACCACAUCUCAUCAACUCAUUUCAACCAUCCAAAUUUAAUUUUAACCCAUCUUCAAGAUUGCUUAGGCAAUGUUCAACAUCGAGGUUCUUUAAUGGCUCGCAUCAGAUUGAAGAAGGAAGCAACAAAAAACGAGGGUCGCUAUGUAAAGUGAAUGCUUUCCCAGAUUGGACUUUAAUGGCAGUUUUAGUUGAGCACAUGGAAGGACAAAAAGACCUUAUUACUACCAAAACUAUUUGGCAUCUCAGCGAUCGAGCCAUCAAGAAUGUUUAUGUAUUUUACAUUAUGUUCACUUGUUGGGGAUGUGUAUACUUUGGUUCAAUGAAAGAUCCAUUCUAUGAUUCAGAGGAGUAUAGAAAAGAAGGAGGAGAUGGUAGUGGGCAUUGGAUUUAUGAGAAGCAAGAAGACAUUGAAGAAGGUGCAAGAGCAGAGCUGUGGCGCGAGGAGUUGAUCGAGGAGAUUGAACAGAAAGUUGGAGGUCUGCGUGAAUUGGAAGAAGUUGGAUCCACUAAAUAGUUGCUUAUAUUAUUCUCUCUGUAUAUAGGCUAUGUACUUUGAUGUAUGUGCAAAUUAUUAUAAGAACUCCACGUUUGUCAUAA